AUGGCUGCGUCUUCGGUGCUUGGAUCGCUGCUGCUGCUGCUGCUUGCCUCCUUAUUGCCACGGGGCAACCAGUGCUGUCGUACAGAGCACUUCCCAAUCCCCAGCCAGUGCGGCUCGGAAGGCGGGAUUCCGCCGGGAGGCGCCCACUCUCUGCCUUGGAUGGUCACGGUGCGCGUGGAAGCCAUGACCGACGUCCAGGACCCGGAGGACCUGCUGCCUUGCCCCAGCGUGUUCCAGGCCGCCAAGGAGGAAGGCUCGUCAGACCGUCACGCCCGAGUGGGCCCAGACUCCUUCUUCGGCCACCUCGCGCGAGUGGCCGUCACCCACAAGAUGACCUCGACGUGCGCCGGCGCCGUCGUCACCGCAAGGCACGUUCUGACGGCGGCACACUGCCUGUUCGCAUCGCGCUACAAGCCAACGUACCGCGUCUUCCUGCGCAAUGGCAGCUCGGCCGCCCACGGAGCCCACGCCCGCUCCUCUGUGAGCGUGCCAGUGUCGGCAGCGCUGUGCCACCCAGGAUGUCGGUUCCACGGCACCACCCGGGCCGUCAACGACCUGCCGUGCUCGUGCUCGCCGAACCCCUCAACGUUCAGGUGCGCCUGUGGAAGCACAGGCUCCGGCGGCGUGAGUGCCCUGUGCCUGCCCUGGCCCGACGUGCCGGUGUACGGCUCGGUGCUGUGGAUGGCACGUCACGAAGGCCGCCCUAAGGGAGGCUGGGCCGGCGGAGGAGCGGGCCGCCUGCCCACCGCCCUGACCAGGGAGUCCGUGCAGCUCGUCAACUGCUCGCUGCUCCCUCAGGUGGCGCACGACACGGGCGGGGAUCCCUCGAAUGAGCUGUGCGCUGUGAGCAUCGGCGGCCUGCGCGAAGUGGUCGACCCCGGCACCGCGCUCAUGGUUGACACCGUCCAGGGCUGGGUCCUCGUCGGCUUGCUCUCGUGGUUGGACGACGCCCGCGCAGUCUCCAGCGUCGCGGUCUUCACCGACGUGCGCGCCCUCAUGGCGUGGCUCCUGGAGACGGUCUUCAAGACCUUCUGACGAUGUCGAGCAAUACAUGCUCUUUAUGUGUUUGUUUGUUGAACAAUGUGGUGUGCCGUUGCCUUGUACGGCAGCUUUUUCAAGAUUAUAAUUCGUAGAGGGCGAUCCCGUGCUCAUUUUGAGCACGGCCGCAGGUGUACUUGGCGCGGCAGAUCCCGUGCUCACUAUGAGCACGACUGUGU